AUGCACAGACGCACUCUAUUUUGCGUGGACGUUGGCCGAAUGCCGUCGUCAGAUGCCACCCAGCCAAGAGUCCAGCCCCCGCCGACAAGGAGACAAACUUUGUCGAUUGCCAUUGUCAGGACGAAAUGGCAAUCCGGGAGACUCUUGAGUCGUGUAAGCGGACCAAGGUAUUUUUCCGUCAUACUAAUCACGACGGCAUUUUCCUCGUUGGCCGCUGAAUGGCGGGGCGGUUCUCGGGGUUACCAAUUGGUUCGAUAUGAGCUUGCUAGCGUCUGGCUACGCAUCUGCUGA